CUGCAUGGGACGCUUCUCAGCCGUUGCUGAUAUGAGCUGAGAUUACAAGAUUGCCUAAUGAAGUUCGGAUAUCACUUCCUUAUAUGGAUGACCUGGUGAUGGUGACUACAUUCCGUGCAACUUUUGAAAUCUCCCACGUGCAGACUUACAAACCCUUUGUCAUGCUGAAACGGUUAUCGCAGAGCUCCGUAUCUCCUCCGCAGUCGUCCGUUUACCAAUGGUUUUCCAACUUUCUCUUCGACAUACACCAUGGCAGGACCAGGGUACACCUACCCUGUUCCCAAUGCAAAGCUGCAUGAAGCUCUCAAGCUCGAAAAGCAUAUCGAGGGAGGGUACUACGCCGUCACCCACGUAUCGGCACAGACGUUCCCUGUCUCCUCCCUCGAGACUACGGAAGGUCGCGAGCCAGAACAGGUCAUCCGCCCGAAGACGAAUGAUCGGCGACUGCUCGGCACCACGAUCUACUACCUCCUCGAUCCAGCUUCUCCGAGGGGAUACUUCCAUAUCAACGCGUCGACUACUAUGCACUUCCACCAUGCUGGUCGAGCCCGAUAUACCUUAAUACGGCCAUCGAAGACCGGCGGUGCUCCGGAAGUAAGCUAUGCAACAGUGGGAGACAACCUCGAGGCUGGCGAGGUGCGGCAACUCCUCGUGGAAGGAGGCGUAUGGAAGUGUAGCGAGAUCCCUCCAGAAGACCUGGCUUCUUUAGGAGAGGAAGGGCUCACGGCGGAGGAGCUUGAGUCGAGGCGCGAGCGGAUCGGUUGCUUAAUCAGCGAGCUCGUUUUCCCUGGUUUCGAGUGGGAGGAUCAUGCCUUCAUGACUGUGCCCGAUUUACACGGCGUAUUCAAGAAUGCGACGUCACCCGACGACUGGAAGAAGUUAGUGGACUAUGUGCGGCCUGACACUCGCUAG